AUGAAACAAUUUCAAUGUUAUCAUGUUACUCAACUAUAUGGAAUAUGUUCACGUAUUCGACCACCUUUUGUUGUUAUGGAAUUAAUGAAAUUUUUAUUUUUUUUUAUAACAUUGAAUGUUGCUGAUGGAAUGUAUUAUUUAUCGGAUCAAAAAUUUAUCCAUAGAGAUUUAGCUGCAAGAAAUUGUCUUGCUAAUGAAAAUCAUACGUGCAAAGUUGGAGAUUUUGGACUAACACGUGAUAUCGAUGAAACUGAUUAUUAUCGACAUGAUGGUAGAAGUUUUCUUCCUAUUCAAAUAGCAACAUUAGCUGAACAAACUUAUCAAGGUUGUGGUAAUGAAGAAGUUGUACAUUAUGUUCGAUAUGAAAAUAUAACAGUUGAAUGUCCACCAAAUUGUCCAGAAAUAUUAAAUAAAUUAAUGCGUGCUUGUUGGACAUUUGCAUCCGGUGAUGGUAUAUAUGUUCGAUUAAUAGUUGAUGAAUUAGUUUCAUAUGGAAAUGAAGAUUUUCAUCUAAGUGCAUAUUAUCAUACUUAA